AUGUUAACAGAAACAUUACCACCAGUUAUACAAUCGAUACAAACACUAAAUCAUUUAAUACAAGAAACCAGUAAAAUUAUUACAAAUGAUAAAGAACGUCAACAAAAUGAAAUAACUCACAAUGCAAUCAACGUAACUUUAUCUGCAAUCAAUAAACGUCUACUUUUGCUUACUGACAAUCAAAUGAAACUUAAAUCUCUUAUGGAAAGAGAGAACGAACUAUUGUGUUUAAGUACCCAUAUUACAGACAUCGAUAUUCUUUUAUCUACCCACACACCACAAAUAAUUAUAUUAACCGGAGUAGGUUCACAAGUAAAUAACCUACCGAAAAUUUCAGGAUAUUAUUGGAUUAGUCAAAAUGGUGCUAACUCAUUUGGAGGAGUGGCAUUCCUACUUCACGAUACUAUAAAAGCCAAAACAAUUAAUCAAAAACUUGACUUUAUAAUUAUUGAACUGAAUAUACAACCGAAACCCAUACUGCUAGGCGCCAUUUACAUACCACCAAAUAAAACUAUACCUCAGUCCUUGUUAGAUCUAUACGUAAAUGAACCAUUCUUCAUAUUCGGUGAUUUCAAUGCCAAACAUACCGAUUGGUUAUGCAACACCAAUAAUGCUAAUGGAGUACAACUAAAAAACUGGCUAGAUAAAACAGGCUGCGAAAUGAUUCACCCAACGCAGCCCACUUCCAAAAGAUCAUCAUCAAUAAUAGAUUUUGGAAUUACCUAUAAUGCUAGCGGCUGGAAGGUUGAAGUAAUCAAGGAAGGAACAUCUGAUCAUUACCCUAUACUAUUACAGGCACCAUUUUCAACAGGAGUUAACAAAUAUUUCAGAAAGACACAUUGGAAAGUAUUCACAUAUUUUCUGAAAUGUAUUUUUCCUUACUUUAAUUCACUUGCUUACAACUACGAUGCGGAAACUUUUCUUGAGCUUUUUUCAUCAUUCCUUUCUUCUGCAUGGGAUAAAGCCAGUCACUUUAUACCAAUUAAAAGAUAUAGGCCACCGUGGCCACCUUUCCUAACACAGUUAGAAAGAAUUGUUAACAAAACAAGAAAAAAAUAUCGAAAAAGAAAAAACUACUCAAACCUGACUGAAUAUCUCUAUUGGAAGCAUUUAUACUACAAUGAGAAAAAUACAUACAUACAAAAGAAAAUGGAAAACCAACUCGCAUACAUCUCCCAAGAAAACAAUAUAUGGAAAUAUGUUCACCCAACUUUUCAUCCAUAUACACCAUCUUUUAAAGGUCUUACCACAGACAAUAAAAUAGUAAAAGAUCACAACGAAAUAGUAAAUACCCUUGCAGAUCAUUACGAAAAACAUUUUGAAGCUCCCACAAUAAAUCCAAACAAUCCAUUUCAUAUUGAUGCAACUCAAUCAUAUAACGAAUUUAUUCAACUUACAAAUAUUCCGCUAGAAAGUAUAACUCUCGAAGAAGUUGAAAAAAGUUGGAAGGCAUCCAAGCGAAAGAAAUCGACUGAUACGCAAGGACUUUCGGCAUUUCUAUUACAUCAAUUGCCAUCUGAAUACUUACAAACAAUAACAAUUGCGUUCAACAAAAUUGCACUAAAAGGUGAUGUUAUUAGCAGUAGCAAACACGCUAAAGUUGUAUGCUUGUCGAAAGAUGGUUUUUAUCCAAGAGUUGACAAACUUAGGCCUAUAUCACUAUUAUCUAACCUCGGUAAAUGCUUUGAAAGGAUUAUCCACGCACGUAUACUUAAAUGGUGCACUGAAAAGGGUAUAUUCGUUGAUGAACAAUCAGGAUUCACGUCUGAAAGACGAUUGCAAACACGUAUCAUGUCUUUAGUGGAAGAUUUAAGACUAACAACAGCAGCAAACAAUAGACCAUCUCUAGUAAUCUUCGUUGACUUCAUGUCAGCUUUCGAUAGGAUGUGGCAUCCAGCCCUUCUAUCAACCCUUCUCAAACUUGAAAUGCCUACUCCACUAUUAAAGUGGAUAAUUCAAUGGUUAAAUGGAAGAACCAUGUCAAUACAUGUUGGAGAAGCGAUUUCAAGAACAAUAAAUAUAUCUGUUGGUACCCCACAAGGCUCGAUUCUAGCAGCUACUCUCUUUCGUCUUCAUAUACACUUUCUUCCCUCAGUUUUUAAAAAUAUUGUUUGCCAUUUAUUCGCUGACGAUCUAGCGCUUAUUAUCCCCGGCACGAUUGAAAAAACAUUUUCGAAAAAUAUUGCUACAAUAGAAGGUCAGGCUACAAAUACAAUGAAACUUCUGGAAGAGUAUGCUGAUGUAAUGAUACUGCCGGUAAAUGUCAACAAGACAAAAGCUCUACUCGUCCACAAUAUCGUUGUACCACCAUAUCCAAGAGAAACAAUAAUCGAUAUUACUCACGGCAUAGCCACAUAA